UUUUCCAGUAAAUCCGACAUUCUGGAAUUCUGAAUUCUCUGUACUCACGGAGAAGCUUGACAAGACCGCUAGCUCGUUGAAACUCACAUUUCAACUCUCUCUCUACAUUUGUUUUUAUAUCUAAUAUCCACCGGUUGUUGAUCAUUAAAAAGGUUAAUUGUUAUAGAAAUAAACCAACUACUGCGUGAUCCCAGGUCGGUGUAAGGGAAGUGCGGUUGUCUCCCGUUGCCAUGUCUCAACUGCUGUUGCAGUAAACCACAGACUGCAUCACCUGGAAGGAUCUAACUUCACCACCAUGCCAAGUCUGUUCUUCUGCAUUCUGCUCCUGGGCCUGAGGGUCACAGAGAGCCAGGCCAGUGGACUCACACCUCCACAGCAAGUGAGGCUGGAUGCAGACAAGGAAACACAAACGCUAUCGGUCACAUGGGAGGACGGCCACGCCUCUACAUUUGACGUGGAGAUUCUACGCACUGAACUCAUGGAGAUGGUGCUGAAUGAAACAGUGGGUGUAACAGAAGACCAGAGCACCGGGAAGCACCAAUGGAACUGGACCUCUCCAGUACCCCUGGAGUGUACCUCUCUGUCGGUCAAAGUACGCUCCAGAGACGGCCAAGAUGUCAGCGAAUGGAGUUCUCAACAGAUACUUCCAGGGUUGGAUCUCCCAGACAACACAGACUCACAAAUGUACCCAGAGGGGAAAACGGUUCCCGUGGGCAGCAACAUGACGUUCUGCUGCAUCGUGGAAGAGGGUCAACAGUUUGGAAGCCUGUGGUACAAAGACACACUCGUGAAAGAGAACAUGCUGAGUAGGCGGACCUACGCUACCACGAUGACCAAUCAGGGCCCGUCCAACCCCUCCGGGACCAAUGUGGUCUGCAGCAACGAGAAGAAAAUGAUUAUCGCCGGCGCUGUUGUCUUUGUGGGGUACCCCCCUUUGCCCAGUGACUUGGUGUGUGAAACCCAUGACCUGAUCUCCGUGGACUGUCAGUGGUCAAAGGGCCGAGAUACCUACCUGUUUGGAAUGACCCGUCAGACGUACUACACCCUGAAUGGAAGGAACUGCCCCAAAGCCAGGAACAGCAACAUGCGUUGUGGUUUGGAGCAGUGGGAUGGGAACUGGACCCUAGUCGCACGCAACCUGCUGGGCGAGUUCAGGCUUACAGACGCAGCCGAGCUGGGUCACAGAGUCCGCCCAGUGGCCCCUGUGAAUUUGACCACCCCAGAGGUCUAUAGCUGGAAUGCCAGUGUGGGUUGGCUGUGGAAGGAUAAGGGUUUCGAGAGGCUGUCCCUUAUCUGCCAGGUGCAACGGACCAGCCACUUGAACAGCAGCACGCAAACCUACACUGGUUACGGACUAAACACAGUGGUACUGAAGGACCUGCAGCCCGAUGAAAAGUACAGCGUUAAGGUUCGCUGUGGAUCCCAGAAGAACUUCUGGAAAUGGGGAGAGUGGAGUUUGCCGCUGAAUUUCCAAACCAAAAUGGACCGCCCUGUUGCUCCUGACAUAUGGCUGUGGAUGGACAGCGACAACCUAGGCCGUGUUUUGUGGAAACCUCUAACAAAGAGCGAGAGCCACGGCCAGAUCAGCGGUUAUGAGGUGAUCCUGGGGAGCCCCGAGGAGAACAGCCAACAGACUCUCACCCUUCCCCAGAGCGUGUAUAGUCUCCCCAUCAACGUGACUGACCGCGGGAGUAAGGUCACGGUCACCGCUCGGAAUCCUGCAGGAGUCUCCCUCCCAGCGAACGUUGUCAUCCCCAGAUACUUACCCGACGCAGAGGACACCACCAUCUCCAAGGUCGCAUUCAAUGGCAGUGGGUUCCCCCUGUCCUGGGUGUCCCAUGCUAACGCUAGCUGUGGCUACGUGGUGGACUGGUACAACACUAGCUGCACACAGGACUGCAAUGUGGAGUGGACCAGGGUGGCAGCGGACAACACCAACACCAUGGUUCAAUCCGGGAACUUUUUUGCAGGAGUGAGAUACACGUUUUCUUUGUAUGCCUGUUCAUCGGAGUCCACGGUGUUGCUAGAGAGGUGGCAUGGGUACAUGCAGGAACUGGUCCCGUCGCGGACCGUCCCCAGGCUGUCACCCAACCAGGAGGGUGCUGAUGUCCAGCUGACCUGGGAUCAGAUUCCACUGGAGCAUCAGAGAGGCUUCAUCCUGGGAUAUACCGUCUACCUGACCAACGCAUCCCACCUCGCACUACUGGCCAACAUCACAGAUCCACAGCUCACCAACCACACAGUCAGGAACCUGGUCCUAGGUUCCUACAAGUUCACUGUCAAGGCCUACACCGCAGCAGGGGAGGACGGAGGCGCCACAGUGUCCAUCACACUGGAGCCCUACACCUAUUGGCUGAUCAUGGAGAUCCUGGUUGCUCUGGGCACCAUGACCUGUCUCCUCAUCGUCAUCACCAUCGCUUGCUACAGGAAGAGGAAAUGGGUGAAGAAGGCCUUCUACCCUGAGAUUCCAGAACCCAAGCUACCAGGAGAUUGGGGGAUAACACAGGGGACGUUGGAUGUGAAGCCCUCUCCCCACAGCAUGGUGCACAUCGUGGAGGACUCUGUGUGGGACUCCAGCAAGGAGGCUCUAGUGACCGUUCCCGAGGAGGACGAGGAGGGUACCGGCGACGAGGCGGCCGACACCGACGAGCCCACCUCGCUUCGCUACUACAACCAGGUGGUGGAGGAAGGCUCCUCCUCCCAGCGUCGUCCUCAUGCUUCUGACUCCUCAGCCUCCUCCACCGGCUCCAUGGACUCAGGACACACCGACGUUACCUACACCGGCAUCCAGACCUCGGCCUGCUCCCUGGCCCCCAUGGCCCACUUCCAGCCUCAGCCUGAUGCAUCCCAAUGCGUUGGCGGUGGAGGUUACCGGCCCCAAAUGCAGUCUGCAUCAUGCCCCGAGGAGCCCCAAACUGGCCCUGAGGAGCACCUUCAGCCCCCUGUGGGUUCUUUUGGAGGGUACCAGCCCCAGUGCUCCUGGAAACAGGACUCUCCCGAGGCUGAUGGCGACGGCUUGGACCAAACCUGUCUGGGCAGCCCUACCUCGGUCACCUCCUCCCAGUUCCUGCUCCCUUAUGACACCUCAGAGGAGGGCAAGGAGCACCCGUCAUCAGCAAGCACCUGGUUCCAUAAUCUCCUGACAGGCAAACCCUGAGGCAGCCCAAUGUCAUGACGACGAGUCAUGAGCUUCACGUCCAAUUCGCCACUGCCUUCUCUCACCUUCCCAACCGGCAUUUGUUGAUGUUACAAUACACAUUUCAAUGUUAUGUUUCUAAGCUCAUGUUGGUGUGAAUUUACAAAUGGACACUCUUAAGAGAACACUAAUUACACUAAUCCUAGUUUUGCUGGACUGCAUUUGUGGAGAUUGAGCAGUUUGUGCUACUGAAAGAGUUGAAGGCAUUCUAGUUCAAAGAAAGUUGACAGCAUUUUCUUAAACAUAUGCCCUGAAAAUCACCGUGACGUCUGCUACACACACUAGCAGUUAGAUUCUAACAUCAUUAAUGAAAAAGUCUGAAUUACUUAUUGUUGUCCUCUGGAACUUUCUGGAAAUAGCAAAUAUUCACUGAAAUAAGCUAGUAGUAUAUGGAAAAAUGUACUAUCAUGUUAUAUUUUGUGGUGUAUUUUUGUGUUUUCGUUCCAAGCCGGGGGCAUCAGAAGGUGCCCUUGCUAAAUGUGGAAGAUAAGUUAGUCCCCAUUGUUUUAAGUGUGCAUUUGAAAAACACCACUUUUCACUUGCACAUUCUAAGAUAUAACACAAUUUGUUUCUGUGUUUUGCAUGUUUGUAUUGUUAAAUAUAUUCCAGAUAUGUUGGGCCUCCACUAUUGAACUGUUGAUUGUUCUACAGCCCUUUACCAAAAUCACGUCUUGACAGUUUAAACAAACAUAAGUGUUGCCUUGAAAAUGUUGUGCUUCCAAUCAUUUUGGCCUGUUUUCAAACAAACCUUUUUUGCCUUGUAGAUGGAUAUGGGGUAUCAAAACAACUGAACACAUUAUGCAGAUUUGCAUCAUGGGAUCUGGAGUUUACCCUCCAAUGCAGUGGGAUAUGGAUAUAGAGGUAAUCCUCCAUAAUAGUGCAAUGCCAGCUUGUGGUCAAUUUCAAUGUAGUCAAUUCAGGAAGUACACUCAAAUUGAAAUUAAACAUUUCCUCAAUGCUUUUCAACAAAAAGGAAUUGGACUUUUCUGUUUACUUCCAGAAUUGAAGUGGAAUUGACCCCAAGCCUAGCGCAGUUUAAAAAUAGAUUAUUGGCCAACGGUUUUACUUUGAAAUAGUAAUUAACACUAUUUUUGGCAUUAUUCAGACAUACUACAUACAUAUGCCUAUGGAAUUGUUACUGUGAAGUGAAGACACAUGCACUACGUAAAUACAGGCUUGGGAGUUAUUGUUGGUGUUUGAGAACAGCUGUUCUAAGUUAGCCUGGAUCGCUAGUUGAAGUGGUUGCAGUGGAUUUGCUGUGAGUGCCUGUUGAUGUGUUUCAGGGAGAUCCAGAUGAACGUGUGUAUAGUGUAUUAUAAACUGGGUGGUUCGAGCACUGAAUGCUGAUUGGCUGAAAGCCGUGGCAUAUCAGGUUAUGACAAAAUAUGACUUUUAACUGCUCUAAUUACGUUGGUAACCAGUUUAUAAUAGCAAUAAGGCAGUUCGGAGGUUUGUGGUAAAUGGCCAAUAUACCACGGCUAAGGGCUGUGUCCAGGCGCUCCACGUUGCGUUGUGCAAGAACAGCCCUUAGCCGUGGUACAUGAGCUAUAUAAUACACCCCCUGGGGCCUUAUUGCUUAUAGCAUAGUAUUUCCUGGGUUGUUGUCAGAGAAUACAGGACAAUCUGGGAGCUGGUGUCAAACUUUACAGCGAACAUUGAUAUCUUGUCAUAGCCUGGUCCCAGAUCUGUUUAUGCACUUGCCAGCUCCAUUGACAAGGAGCUUGGCAUGAUGUCACUCUUCCAUUUUCUGAGCACCUCCAGCAACAAAGCUUUGAGUACUACUGUGACAUAGGUAGAAGGUUAAUAGAUUAACCAUAAUAAAUGGUUUUAAUAGACACGCUCCUCUGAAGUUGUCUUCGGAGUAUUAGAGACUAUCCUAAUGCUAUGCGUUAACAUUUUGUUGAUUUUUGUUUAACUCUGCACUUUCCUCUUGCUCGGAAGUUAGUUAUUUUUCUUUUUAUAUAUCGUUAAUUGUGUAUUUCCUAUCUUCUCUGUCUCACCACGACUCUGUUCUGGAGUUCUAGAAGUCUGUUUUUUUUUGGGGGGGGGGUCAACAGACAAUGUAUCCAUCUUGUUAAGUCUGUUAUGUUACAAGCCAUAUCACUCACUCUGAUGCAAGAUAUGUAUUUGUCCAAACAGUCCUUGUAAUGGCAUUGACAGCUUCAGCUUGCUUGGGUUGUGUUGUAGGGAUUUAUAGUGAUAGGAAUCGUGAUGUCUGCUAAUGGCUCAUUGCUUCUUGUUUUGCCUGUAAGUUUGUGCAUGUUGUAUAAGCUAUUAACCAUUUUAGAGUGGAAUUUCCUUCAAUGUCAAAAUAAUGAAGAUAUAUAUACUAUAUACUACUUAAUAUGUAAACACUAAUAAUGGCAUUGUGCUUGACUCAUGUCUUUCAGAAAAUGAUGCAGCUCUUAUUCUUAACACUGAAAAUGCUUGGUUUGGUUAUGCCCAAAAUGGUACCCAAUUCACUAUAUAGUGCACUGCUCUACAUAGGGAAUAGAGCCACACAGUGGAGGUUUCAUAAUACCUAUAAAACCUAGCGGUCAAACAGGGAAAUGGUUCCAAUCGUUUUUCCACCAUUCAUUUUUCCCUUAGUGGAUUUUUAGAAACAAUUAAAACAAGGGCUGUGUUUAAUGUAGGCUUACCAUGGUGUGACGUUUUAAUAACCAUGCAAAUCUCUCUCGGACAAGGUGACCGACCCAUCAAUAUAUUCGGCACUAUUUACUCUCAGGUUUCGAAAAUAUUAAUUAGCAUCAAUGUAGACAUCAUACAAAACUACAAAUCCCUGCAAGCUCCUUUAUGUCAUCUCUAUAUAAAACUUGCACAAGACAGUUCACAGAAUUUACCAUUUAAAGAAAUGUAGACAAUUUAUUCAUUACUACAUUUAGCUAACAUUAGAUUAAUCCAGAGAUUCUUACCUUUGCCUCGAUUCGGCAGUCCCGUCCAGAUCAUCAUGGCAUUUGUAGUUAGCCACAUUAGCAUCUAAUUAGCAUUUCAUUUUGGGCGGAUGAAUAUAUUGAUAAAAGUCACCUUGUCCUAAAGAGAUUUACACAGUUACCAAAACGUCACACAAGGCUAAGCCUACACGAAACACAGCCCUUAUUUUAAGUGUCUCUAAAAAAAAUCUACCAUGGGGAAAAAAUGAAUGGUGUAAAAAUGUUUGGAACCAUUUCGCUGUUUUUUAACGGCCAGGUAUGAUGACUCAAUGUGGUACUCUAUAGGGUCCCAUUUUGGGAAGCAGCCUUGGCUUAUUGGAGAGAAACACUGAACAUUUCUUCAGGAAGAUUAUCAACUGAACAAAAUUAGAACACUACUUGUAAACACUGCUAAGUGCUAACACUGCAAUGUAACCUGUUUUUAAGGCAAUAAAGAAUUUAAAACCUC